AUGAGUUGGAUCCUCUCCAUCUGGGUGGCCGAGGCCCUGCUGGUUCUCUGUUGGGGGCAAAACUCUGUGUAUGAAGGAAAUAAUCUGUCCCCAUCUGGCUAUCAUCUAUGUGUCUAUAACGAGACAAAGACUGUGAGUUUCUUGGUGGUUCAGGAGGUCCCCUACACUGAGAGGAGGCCCUGUGGUGGCUGGCUCCUCUGGACCACAUGUCCAGUCACUCUUUACAAGAUGACCCAUCAAACUGAGUACAAGGCAGUAAAGGAGCAGGUGAUGAGAUGCUGCCAUGGCUACGUGCAAGUUGGUCCUUAUUGCACCUUAGCUGUAAACAGGAGUGAUGAGUUUGCUGCCAAGCCAGGAUCCUGUCCAGCCGCAGAUGGAACGUCUCCCAGAUCUGAGGGCUGCGAGUUUGACUUGGACUGUCCAGGCUGGCAGAAAUGCUGCCAGAGAUGCGGUCGCUUUCUCUGCAGUCAUCCUACAAGCUCAGAAAAUGAUUUUGGGAGCAGAGGAAGCCAGUGGAAUGCAACAGUGACGGUGAAAACUGACUUCCAGGAACUGAUGUCCAGGGACAGCGGGCUUCUGAAUCUCACCAGAGCGCUACAAGCCAUGGUAACUGGGGCUGUGCAGUCUGAAGUUUCCAUCUUUUACCUCCACUCGGGGCCGGUCCGUCCCUACAGAACUGCCGUCUCUCUGCUGAUAAGGAGCAGCUUCACUCUUUCAUUGAACAACAUCACAUCGAAGCUGAACCUCCUGCUCAGAUUCAUGCCUGAAGUGUCAGCUGUAACAGUACAAGAUGUGGAUGAGUGUGCUCACGCUGCUCUUCACCAGUGCUCCCCUCAGGCGCUCUGCAACAACACUUCAGGCUCCUACCAGUGUGUCUGUCACCGAGGACCUGUGGACGUCGACCACGACAGCCCUGGUGUCAACUGCACACGUGACUUUGAGGCAUCAGGCCCCCCGCUGACUGACCUACCUGCGAUAAACACAACCUCCCCCCCGAUGUUCAUCAGCACCGAGGAGCCUCCAGGCAGCGGCACCGCGGGUUUCUUCGUGUCUUCUGAGGCCGGCGUGACUGCGGCGCUGAUUAACACGAGUUCUGUCACGUCUGGUUUAUCGCACACGCCACAGGGAACGAGCUCAGCGCCGAACGCCAGCGUGAGCUCAGCUGCAGGCUCACCUCCAUCAGCGGCCACAAGUCCUCUUCCCACCAUCAGUAGACUCUGGUCUGAGAACGUGACUGGAACCUCCAUGUCUGUCUGCUGGUCGGGCCCCCUUCAGACAAACCAGACUUUCCAGGUGACUCUGACCAAGGUGUCAGAGGUCGUUCAUGUUUGGGACACCACGGGGACCACGGUGGAGAUGACGGGUCUGCAGCCUGGGGGGCUUUAUAAUGUUACUGUCACGCCUUGGUCGUGUGGGAGGCAGGGGCUUGCUCUUCAUAUGCUGGUCAGAACAGACGCUCAGACACUUGAUGCCACAACUCGUCUCACCAACAUCCAGUUUACUGCAGAUCUGAGGGACACCAGCAGCCAGGCCUACAAGAACCUCACAGAGAGCUUUUUACAGGAGAUCUAUAGGUCUCUGUCUCCAGAGGUCAAGGCUCUGGUGGAUUCAGGUCAAGUGAGGAUCGAGAUCAGAAGGUUUUCUUCAGGCAGCGUGAUCGUGGACUUAACUUUCAUCUUCAGCCAAAGUCAAAGCCAGGCUGUCAGUAACAUCUCCACAGCUCUGGUGCAGUCCCUGGCGAACAGCUCCAAAUACACAGUGGACACAAACACUACAAGCAUCAGUGAUUUUGAUGAAUGUGCUUCAGAAGAAAACGACUGUUCUCUGUGGGCGACGUGCACGAACACCUGGGCCUCCUACACAUGCGCCUGCUUCGAUGGAUUCGUAGACCACAACCCAGAAAGGCCUGGGCGAACCUGCCAAGCAAAUGUUACAGUGGAUCCAACACCAGUACCACCAGUGUUUUCCACACUUAGCACCACUCCCAACUCUCCGACAACAGCCUCAACCACUGAUCCCACCUCAACUUCUGUUCAAGCUGCCUCACCCACAUUAGCAGCACACAUAACCUCUUCAACCUUAAACAGUACAGUCCCAUCAACCACUGCACCCCCAGCAAACGCCACAGCUCAUGCAGACGCUGCUACUGCUCCAACAGUCCCCACAACCGCCUUGGUGCCGGGCGCCGUCUCAGUCCAGUGCAGAGUCGCUGCCAUCACCGUGACUCUCGCCAAAGCUUUCCUUCUGAGCUCCAACAUCCCGGAGGGUGCUCUGUACCUGGGCGAGCAGGGGUGCGUGGUCAACGGGGGCAAUGCCACCCAUGUUCAGCUGACUGUCGCCUGGGAUGAGUGUGCUACCAGGCUUGUGCAUAAUGACACCUCCUACACAGCAUGUGUGGUCCUGUACAGCUCCAUGGGUCCCUACGCGUCACCGGCUGGCUCUGUCGAGGUUCCCAGAAUCCAGCUGGAAGUCCCCAUCAUGUGCACCUAUUUGAAGAGCACGUUGAUCUCUGCAGACUUUGGCUCCAUGGGGUACGACGUCAUCAAAGACGUCAUCGCGGGUCAGGGGUCCUUCCAGGUGACGGUGCAGCUUAUGAGUGGGACGGCCCCCCUGCCCCACAACUUCUCCCUGUCCUCCACUCAGCCUCUGGUGGUGGAGGUCCGGCUCAACAGCAGCUCUGAGUUCAUUAAGGUCAUUGUGGACAAAUGUUGGGCCACUCCCACCCAGAACCCCACAGACACCAGCAGAUACAGCUUUCUGGAGAACAGGUGA